GGCCGGGGAGCGCACGGGGUCGGAGUCUGCCAUCGCUCAGCGCAGUUCUGCUGGUCUCGCCAGCAGCCAGCGCUCCGCGUAUUGAGCUGCCAGGGGAAGGCAACGCAGCUCGGCUCGGGGAGCCUAUGGCCCGGGGGGCAGAGCCGGCGCGCCCCUGAUCGCCGGCACCCUGCAGCGGGGGGCGCACGGGAAUGGCGCGGGGACUGUGCUGCAGGGCACCCUGCUGAGAUGCGCUUGGGCUGGCGCUAGGGUCCCGCUCCCCUCCGGGCUGGGGCUGCCCCUGGAUCGGCGCCGGCUCCAAGCCCGCAGCUCGCCGCGGCUGGGAGCCCCGCGCGUCCUCGCUGCCCCGUCGAGCCCCGGAGCCGUCCGAAGAGGCUUCCCAAGGACUCUUCCUGGACUUAGACCUACCCCACCAUGCCCCUCCUUGGUGUCGUCCUCUGGGUCACCCUGCUGACGCUGGGCUGGCGGGUGGCCCACGCCAAGGACUACAUCUUUGCCACGCCGAGGGUGCAGCUCUCCUUCAAAGAGCUGAAGGCCACCAGCACCGCUCACUUCUUCAACUUCCUGCUCAACUCCACGGACUACCGCAUCCUGCUGAAGGACGAGGACCACGACCGCAUGUACGUGGGCAGCAAGGACUACAUCCUCUCGCUGGACCUGCAUGACAUCAACCGGGAACCCCUCAUUAUCCACUGGCCUGCGUCCCAGCAGCGGAUCGACGAGUGUGUCUUGUCGGGGAAGAACAACAACGGCGAAUGUGGCAACUUCAUCCGCCUGAUCCAGCCCUGGAACCGGACCCACCUGUAUGUCUGCGGCACUGGCGCCUACAACCCCAUCUGCACCUUUGUCAACAGGGGGCGCAAAGCACAGGCCUUUGCACUGACCCAAAGCGUCCAGCCGGGAGGACGGGGAAGCCGAGCCGCUGACUCCUCCCACAACCUGACACCAACAGAACGCAAGGAUUAUAUCUUCUACCUGGAGCCGGAGAAGCUGGAAUCAGGGAAAGGGAAGUGCUCCUAUGACCCCAAGGUGGACAGCGUCUCAGCCUUGAUAAAUGAGGAGCUCUAUGCUGGCGUCUACAUUGACUUCAUGGGCACAGAUGCAGCCAUCUUCCGCACCAUGGGCAAGCAGACAGCCAUGAGGACUGACCAGUACAACUCCCGCUGGCUGAAUGACCCAGCGUUUGUUCACACCCAGCUCAUCCCAGACAGCGCCGAGAGGAAUGACGACAAGCUUUACUUCUUCUUCCGGGAGAAAUCAGCUGAUGCCCCACAGAGCCCUGCUGUCUACUCCCGCAUCGGGCGCAUCUGCUUGAAUGAUGACGGAGGUCACUGCUGCCUUGUCAAUAAAUGGAGCACGUUCCUGAAAGCCCGGCUCAUCUGCUCCGUGCCGGGACCUGACGGGAUCGAAACGCACUUCGAUGAACUCCAGGAUGUGUUCAUCCAGCAGACCCAGGACGUGAAGAACCCCAUCAUCUACGCUGUGUUCGCUGCCUCUGGGUCUGUGUUCAAAGGCUCCGCUGUGUGCGUGUACUCCAUGGCCGACAUCCGCAUGGUCUUCAAUGGGCCCUUCGCCCACAAGGAGGGACCCAACUACCAGUGGAUGCCAUACACAGGCAAAAUGCCCUAUCCACGCCCAGGCACGUGUCCCGGAGGCACCUUCACUCCCUCCAUGAAGUCGACCAAGGAUUACCCAGACGAAGUGAUCAACUUCAUGCGCUCGCACCCGCUGAUGUACCAUGCUGUGUACCCCGUGCAUCGCCAGCCACUGGUGGUGCGCAGUAACGUGCACUACAAGUUCACCACUGUGGCCGUGGACCAGGUGGACGCAGCCGACGGGCGCUAUGAGGUGCUUUUCCUGGGCACAGAUCGCGGCACAGUCCAGAAGGUGAUCGUCCUCCCCAAGGACGACCUGGAAACAGAGGAGCUGAUGCUGGAGGAGGUGGAAGUGUUCAAGGUUCCAGCCCCCAUCAAGACCAUGACCAUCUCCUCCAAGAGGCAACAACUGUACGUGGCCUCAGCCACAGGAGUGACCCACCUGGCCCUGCACCGCUGCGACGUGUACGGGGAGGCCUGUGCUGACUGCUGCCUGGCCAGGGACCCCUACUGUGCCUGGGACGGCAAGGCCUGCUCCCGAUACUCAGCAUCCUCCAAGAGGCGGAGCAGGCGCCAGGAUGUCCGGCAUGGUAACCCCAUCCGCCAGUGCCGGGGCUACAACUCCAACGCCAACAAGAACACGGUGGAGGCCGUCCAGUACGGGGUGGAGGGCAGCACGGCCUUCCUGGAGUGCCAGCCCCGCUCCCCACAGGCCACCAUCAAGUGGCUGCUCCAGAAGGACAACAGUGACCGGCGGAAAGAGCUGCGCAUGGAGGGCCGGGUGCUGCGGACGGAGCAGGGGCUGCUCCUGCGCUCCCUGCAGCUCUCAGACAGCGGUCUCUACUCCUGCACAGCCACUGAGAACAACUUCAAGCACACAGUGGCCAAGGUGCAGCUGCACGUGCUGAGCAGAGAGACCGUGCACAGCGUGCUCUUCCAGUCAGAGGAGCCCGCCCCGCAGGCUGACGGCGACGUCUCCUCCUCCGUGCUGGGCAUGCGGGCUGGCCUCCCUGGUGUCCCCAGCCCCCACUACCAGGACCUGGUGCAGCUCCUCACCCAGCCUGAAAUUGGACUCAUCAACCAGUACUGCCAGGGCUACUGGCGGCAUGCAGCCUCCGGCCACAAGGAGGCGCUGGCCAGCCUCAAAGCCAAGGAGCUGCAGGACGAGAAGAAGCCUCGAAACCGCCGGAAUCACCAGCCAGACAUGGACCAGCUCACAUGAAACCGCCACCAGGGACUUUGUAAUAACAGUGCUAUAUUUUUCCCCCCUUUUAAUAUUAAAAAUAUCUAUAAAUAUA